AUGGAGAGCCACGACGAGGUAUGUGCGGCACAUGCCCAUGUGCUUGCGGCUGGUCUGGGUGUGAUUGGGGACGAGCCUCCUUCGGAUGCCGCCGGCCACGAGCUGACCUUUGCUGCCCUCGAGGGCAUGGACGCCCUGGCGCGACUCGCUGUCCGCGGCGACAAUGCCUCCACGGGCCUCUCGCGGUUCGACGACCGAUACGGCGCCUUUCGCUCGCUUCCAGAGCGCCUGCCGGCCCCUCUCAUCGGAGCGCAGCUCGCUGUUGGGGUCACGCAUCUUCUUGCCUUUGAUCACAACUACGCCGCCUCGCCGCUCUUUGUCUCGCUCGCUGUCAUUGCAGGCUCGUGCGCGGCGGCCCGGGCCAUGGCCGACCCGACCACACCGGCAGGCUCAGAUGCAAGCCGCCUCGCUGCGCUCAUCAUUCCCUGGCUCAGCACGGCGCCCCGCCAUCUGGUUGCGGCUGCCGGUGUGUGCAGGGCGUGGCGAGCAGAGGCUAAGCGCGCAGCGCACUGGCCAGACUUCAGUUCGCUGGAUAGCUGGCGAGCGCGGGCAGAGCUAGCGCUGGUGCUGCGCUCAGAGGGAAGGGGCGAUGCAGAGAGUGAGUCUGUUGUGGUCGGCUACAUGCUGAGCGUCGCCGUCCCUCCGCGUCCACCGGCUUUUGCCGUUGUCCCGCCCGAGAUGGCCUCGGCCAUCUUUCUCUUUCUGCACUCCCCGAGCGUGGGCUCACUACAUGCGGUGCUGUCGGCGACUCAUGCGGUAGUGGUAUCUGGCGCGCGCGAUGCCGUCUCUGCUGACGCGGUGGCACUCCUCGUCUCGCUCGUCUCGUUUGACUUGCUUGUUGGAGCGGGGGCUGCCUUUGGUAUCCGGCUGGUGCGCAAGCGGCGUGAGAGCAGCAACGGCAAUGGAGGUGCAUUUGUGAGAGAUGGCGUUGCGGUCCUCUCGGCGGUACUUGAGCCGCGAAUCCGGCUCCGUCCGUGGGAAGCGUGGUGGCUCCGGCGGGCGAUGGCGCGCAUCAGAGCAGGCGUUACCGCAGGCUCAGCCUCUUCAAGAAGCUUGGGCGAGACCCUGCUGCAGCCCGGCAGCCUGCCGCUUGCGGUGAGUUUGCGCGAGACGCUAGUCGGGAUGUGGAUUCAGGGCGAGCGCGAAGGCGGCGCCUCGACCCGGCACUUUCUGGCCCAUACGCUUGAGAUGUGGGCAUCGGAUGAGACACGUCCGGCUUUCAACGGCGAGAAGCAGCUCAAGGCGCUCGAUGACACUCCAGUCUCGCUGGUCAAUCACUUGCCGCUGGCGCAGUUUGACCAGCCGCUGCUCGGCCCACCCGUUCUCGCUGCAUUGGCCAAGCUUGUGCUGGCUCACGAGGCCCACGUCGGCAGCAAGUUCUUCCCGUUCAUCAACUCGGAAGCUCGGUAUGCGGCGCUCUUGAGUCAGAUCGACAUCGAGGGCGGGAGCCUCGCUCAGCUGUACGGCAUUAUGCUUGACAGCAGCGGGAGCAGCAGCAGUGACUGGCCGGCGCUCACCCCACAACUGGUUGCGUUGGCCAAGGCAGGCGAGUGCGAGCCGGCGUGGGCUGCGGUGCUGCGGAUCCAUGACGUGCUUGUGGGACGGACCCAGCUGGCACUCGCUGCAGCCGGGAUCAAGCGGCCAUCGGCGUGGUCGUCGACGCUGCAGCUCGCCCGCGCUGCGCUGCAUGUUUCCGGCGGCAUGGCCCGCGCUGGCCAGAGCAGUCGGACCGAAAGCCGCCCGCUCGCGGUGGCGUUUGAGCUCUCGCUCCUGCGUCUCAGUUUCGCUGGUGUUUGUAUGCCGGCCUCGAUUGAUGGGUUUGAGACCAAUCUCGGGUGGCUGGCGGCAAGCUACGUCCGCGAGGCAGUGGCUGUCUUGGUGGCCAUCGGCCAGUACCGGCUCGCCGACCUCCUCCGCGCCGUCUUUGGCAUUGGGUGGGUGUCGGAUCAGCGGGCGCCAGGCGCACCAGGCGGUGCUUCAGUCAUCAACUGGUCCGCCCCGGGCGCGCUUGUGCAGGCCUACCACGGCCUCGAGUGCGUUGUCUCGAUAGUGGUAGAGAGCGUGGCGCCGUCGUUUGUGCCGACGUGGCGAGCGGUGCAGGACGUCGACAUGACGCCGGCGGUGACUGAGGGCCUCUUCCGAUCGGGCCUGUUUGCGGCGCUUGCGCCAAGCGAGCGGUCCAUGAUACCUGUCCUCACUCUUUUGCUUGCCACGCGAGUGGUCCUGGCGGCGUCACUGGUACUGGACCUGCUCGCUGUUGCCAACGUUGGUCACGCCUAUGUACACGUCCUCCAUGUCAAGCAGCUUGUUGGCUUUCGGCUCUUGGCCUCGUCGAACGCGCUAGUCCACGGCGGGAGCGCACGGCUCGCUGACGAUGUGCCUCUUCUGAGCCUCACAUUUGAGGUGCUCAACGACCCUGGCCUACGGACUGUCAUGUCGCACACUCGCGAAGUUUUUGCCUUUCACGAGGCGCCGUACACCAUGGCGACACUCGCACACCGCCGCCACGUCCUCUACGAGCGUAUCAUCGGCGACGAUCUUUCAGUCAGCACGCCGGUUGCUGAGCUGCUUGACCUCCGCGCUCGCUGGCAGGCAUCCUACUCCCGGGUCCUCUCGGAAAAGGAAGUGCUUGACGAGGUGCUCGAGGAUCCGGCGCUGCUGAAUCGGCUCGGCUGGACCGCCGACGCUGUCGCUGACAAAACCCAUGCCGCGUUUAACUUGCUCGAGACGCUCGAGCUCGAGCGCGCCGCCAUCGACUCGCUCGUCUGCUUUGCGCUUGUCCAGCAGCUCACUGACGAGCUCUGCCAGGCAUGGCCGAUGGAGGCCGACGACUCGAGCUUUUGCACGGCGCUCGAUGCGCUCAAUGCGUACAUGACGAGCCUGUAUGCGCACGGCACCACGCCGCUUCUGGCCAGCAGCCGUGCGCCUCCACUGGCCGCGUUGGUUGAAGAGGCCGAUGACGCCGUUGGCGCGUUUUGUCGUCUGUCGUCGAGCGCGGUGAAUGCAGCGGCGGAGGCAGGCGAGCUCGGCGAUGCCACACUGUUCAAGAACUACAUCCGGGUCGUCGCCGCGCUUGUCUGUGUCAUUGCUGCCGACUCGUUAGCCGGCCUUCGGUUGGCAGCGGCCGAGGGCGAGGGCGACUCGCCGGAUGCGCAGCUCGAGGUGUUUGCUAUUCUCGGAAAGCUCUUUCGGCAGGCCUGGUUCUACUGGGCGUCGGGCGGGCGACUGGCGGCAGGACCCAACGAGCUUCUCGAAGUGUUUGAGACAUGGAUGUGGGAGUUUCAUGACCUGGAGGAGCUGGGAAUCGUGUGGAACACGCUGUACCACGCCGAAUCUGAUCUCGGCAGCGCCAUUGCGAGGUCGGCCGUCCGCACUGCCGAUGACGUGCUCGAGAGCCUCGGCGAGCGGGCCGAGGCGGUGGCCAAGCUCGCAUCGUACGCAGGCGAGUCACAGGCUCCGCACGCUGAGCUCCUGGCACAGGCGCAGGCACUCACCGCGCCGUCGAGCGAGAGCGUUCACUCGACGCCGCUUCGGGCGCAGGUUGCGCUUGAGGCGCCAGAGGUGCAGGACGACCUCGAGCUAAUGCUGGAACGGCUGGCGACACGCGACGCGGCGCUCAUCCAGCGGCAGCGCCGCCGCCGUGUCUACAUCCGCCACAUGGCUGGCGUGCUGACCUCGGACCGCCCGCUCUCACUGCGUCUUCUUGCAGCCUCGUAG